UGUCCAAAAGGGGCACCGUUCUAGAACCGGCUUCAACGGGUCACAAAUCCAUACUUUAAGGUUCAGCCUUGAAAUAAAUUUCAUUCUCUCCACAUAUCUGCAAAGGAUCCUUCAGAAAUUUGAGCACACUCGUCUGGUAUUCAUGGCUGAUGGCAAACAGCAAGGUCAAGGAACCACUCCUCCUUUGGAUCAAUCAAAUGAGCCCUUGCCAAGGUCUUACAACCAGCUUCUGGGGACAAAUAACCCUCAAAAAACAAGUUGGCCUGAGCUGGUUGGUGUCACUACAGAAGAAGCAGAGAGGAAGAUAAAAGAGGAGAUGAGUGGGGUUGAAAUUCAAGUGGUGCCUCCUGGCUCUUUUGUUACUGCAGAUUUCAAAACCCAGCGAGUUCGAUUGUAUGUUGAUGAAUCUGGCAUGGUCACCAGGACUCCAGGGAUUGGCUAAUGAUCCAUCUACCGAAUACCAUAUAAUAAAUGUUUCAAUUUCUUGGAUGUUGUAUUGUUAUGGUUCAGACAUGAUCUUUAUAUACUAUUAUUAGUAAAUAAAGUGCAGAAGUUGUAAA